CCAAUCUCACAGAUUACCUCAAUGUCACUUUUAUUGUUUUGAAAUUUUGAUAAGAAAAUAUCCAUUAUCGGAAAUUACGUGUUCUCGAAUAUUAAUUGUUAUUUUGUAUAAUAAGAUAAGACGAUAUUCUUUUCUUGUUUCAAAAUUUGUUUAUAAAUACUGUUUAUUACACACAUAACAGUAUAAUUUGUGAUAUGGAAACGAUUAAAACAUAACUUUGGAUAUAUUGCUGUGAUUGUAAUAUAACCUUGUGAAUAUUGGCUGAGUGGUAUGGAUUGCAAUAUUCCUUACAAUAGAUUAAGAAUGUCUAACAUAAACUACACUACCCGUACUGAAGGGCAAACCAAAAUCAAUACAAUAAUAUGGACUGUGCCAAAUUUCAUUAAUCUGUUAGAAAAUAAAUCCACUAGAGAGUUUCGUACAGAAAAACCAAAAGAUCCCAACACAGAAAUAAGUGAUUGUAGGUUUCAAUUAAAAAUGCAAUUCUUGGGAAGAGAUAAUGAUAUAAUAGAAAUAUAUUACCUAUCUUCGACGCCAGUGUUUCUCAAAUCUAUAUUGACGAUAUGUCUGAAACGUUUUGAGGAACGUUCGAUCGUUAUAAAAGAGUAUCAUACUGUUCAAGCAAACAAGUGGCAGUACUUGGCCACUUUAUUCAAACGCGAUAUAGCGAGUUACGAGGGCCGUGAUAUAUUUCUUCUCAGUGAUGGUAGCUUGCGUCUUAAAUUCCAGUUUAUGGUCACAAAUGACAUUAAAGUUGAUAGAACAAAUGUACCUGAAGCCCAAUUGAGUAAUGACUUUGAAGAUCUUUUGAAUAAUGGUCUAUUUUCUGAUGUAACCAUGAAAUGUGCUGAAGGUGUUGAAUAUAAGGUACACAAAGCAGUACUGGCAAGCAGAAGUGCUGUACUGAAGGCACACUUUGAGCAUAAUACUGUGGAAUGCAUAACAAAUAUUGUAGAAUCACCGCUAGACUCUGAUGUGUUGCGGGAGGUCUUGAUGUUUAUAUACAGUGAUAAAGCUCCACGGGUGGAUGAAAUACCAGAGAAACUUUUAGCAGCCUCAGAUUACUAUCAACUGAGUAGACUGAAGAGCUUGUGUGAGGAAGCAUUGCAUAAGAAAUUAACAGUGGACAAUGCUAUUGAGACACUUCAACUAGCCGACUUGCAUUCUGCCAAGGCUCUCAAACAGUCAACAUUGGAAUUUAUAAAGGAUGGCCAAGCCAAGCUUAUAACCAAAACAAAGGGAUGGGCUGAUGUACAAUCUGUGGAUUUGAUCAAAAGAAUUUAUGAGUACAUAAUGGCAGAUGAACUAGAUCCAGAUUUGAAAUAGGUAGCUCUUUAUUUUAUCAGAACAUGUAUUUAUUUUAAAAAUAUCUAGUAUUUACUCGUGUUUUGUAAAGUAUUGUUGACUAUGUUUGGGGUUUUUAGUCAUGAGUGACAAUGUUGCCAUUGAUAUAAGUAUUGAUUUUAGUACUCAUGUCAUACUAAACUGUAGAUAUAUCUGAGGGUCAAUUGAUAUAUAUUCAGAGUCUUAAGGAUAUAGUUUUAUGUCACUUGAAAAAUAAUUGAUGUUACUAAAGAAAGUUUUAGUUUCAUGCUGAAAAUUUUAAGAAUGGAAAUAGCUUCUGAUUUUUUAUUUGAUUGUUUUUGUAUUAAGGACAUUUGAAAUUUUUAAAUUGUAUAACUAUAAAUGUACUUACUUUUGUAGUAGAUAUAAGAUUUAUGACAAAACAAAUUACUAUAAAUUGUUAAUUGGAAAAAAAGUGGAGUCUGCUGAUGUUUAUAAUGAUUAAGACAUUUGUAAUAUGUAUAUUUUUAUUCAGUAUAGUGAUGUUAGUUUAAAUUGAUACUUAAUAUUUAUGUACCUAGUCAUGUCUAUAUGUAAAAUAGCAAAUUAUUUAAUAUGGACUGAUUUUGAAGAUUAUAAUAUAUGGUUGGUCUAUAAUAAUGUAUAUACCCAAAUACUUAUAUUACCUUUUUUUAUUUUAAAAUGAUGAUUUUUCAUUUCUUAUUAAAAAAA